AUGAGAGAAUGCUGGCAGCUGGCGAUAAAAAGCGUGAGCGUACCGGCGAUGGUGAAGGCCGGCGAAACCGACCACGUGAUUCUGGACUGCGACUACGACCUCGAGAACACGAACAAGGAAGGCCUGUACGUGAAAUGGUUCUUCAACGACAACGACUUGGUCUACCAAUGGAUAUACGAGAUGAGCCCGAUGGCCGGCGAGCUCACGCGCAACUACAUCGACCUGACGUACGAAGCCAGCACCGAUCCGUACACCAAGCACCGGGCCAUGAAAUUGAAUAAGCCUGGUAUCGAUCUUAGUGGCGAAUACACGUGCUUCAUAUCCACUUACGAAGACGAGAAAAAGGCGAGUGCUUCCAUGCUCGUAUAUUCAACUGAGCAGAAUUUCGAUCUUCAAUACAGAAGGAAGACCGUAGAUGAUAAGGAUGGAGUGGAGAUAACAUGCGCAGCAGAAGGACUAUAUCCAAAACCCACCCUGGAUAUAUCCAUCGAGGGUGUUGCGGCAAAUAUGACGACGCCCAGCGUUACCAUGAGCAAGGACGGACUGUUCAAUAUCUUAAAACGAGCGACCUUACUGGACGAAGAUUUACCGGAACCAGCGAUCAUCAAAUGUUUGCUGGGUAUACCGGAGGCGAGCUACAACACUUCCCGCAAUACCGUCUACUACCGCGGACCGCCUACUACCCCUUCAACUGCUACAACGAAGCUGCUGCACAUAAUGGAGAACCAAGCGCUAGACAACUCAGAGCCUGGCAAUGGUGGUGGGAGCUUCGCUGGUCGAGUGUCAAUUAAUGUCCCUUUAGUGAUGUUGCAUCUGGCACUCAUCAAGAUUCUGAAUUAACCGAAUAAAUACUAGAUCGCUGCUCGAAUGGAGUCCCAAACUGACUGGCAAACUGUAAGGUCAACCGUUUCGACCUUUCGCCUUGCCACGCCUAAAAGCUACUCAUCGGCAGACAUCGUGUUCCCGCAUGUUAAAUGUACUGCCGCAAAACGGCGAACAGCCCAACAAGCAUCGAAAAAGCAUCGGCCCGACAUUUCAUGUUCAUCGUUCGCACGAGACAGUCCUGUUCAUAACUCUGUAUGCAUACAUUAUACGCGCUGUUUAGAGUGUUAUUUGUAUCGUGUAAUGAAAAAUUUUAGGAGAGCGUGAUUCUGGGGAAGAAGGAAAAAAAAACGAGAAACCAAAGAUAAUUAUUACUAUUAGGGGAACGCUGUCGAGCGAGAGAACGGUUCCCGAGGGAGGCGCGGAAACAAACGAGAGAAACCAAAUAAAUAAAAUAAAUCAUCGAGACGUGUGGUGUGUAAAUAAUGUUUAAAAUAUUUCGAUCGUAUAUGAUGCAGUUCGAGUCAUAUUGUAGACUGUGUUUGUUACUCUUCGUGUUACGUCAGAUUCAUAAUAUAUUGUUUAAACGGAUACAAAUCGCGCGCGCGGAGACUCUCCGAUUCGCGACACACACAUCGGAUAGGAUAUAUUAUGUACAUAAAGAUAAAAUGAAUAAAGGGAGGUAAAAAAAUAAA